UAUCUGAAUUUCUUCAAAGCAGCAAAAGGAUUUUUAGUACAAGUUCUAAAAACCUGUAAUCAGAAGCUUGAAAAAAAUAGAUAUUAUAAAAUGUGAAAGAUGCUGUUGAGUUGGAAGAAAACAAGUGAGUCUGAUAAUCAAAAAGGCAACCAUAUAACCAUACUGUAUUUUACUGCUUAUGUGAGUUUGCUUUAGGAGUUCAUGGGAUGACAAGUUAUUGUUAUUUCAAAGAGCAUUGACUGAAUUGUCAGAGAAAGGCAAGAUUAAUCUUGCAUGGAAGUUAAAGAUUGACUCUGAUCACAGACCAGAUUACAAAUAUUUGAAAAACAAAGGAAAAUUAACUGAAGUAUUGUUCAGCAGUGUCAUUGUGAUUACAUGGGAAACAGCACACCGGUGACAGAAUUCAUACUGAUGGGGUUAACAGAAGACUCACAAUUGCAGCUGAUCCUCUUUGGGACAUUUUCGGCUGUUUAUGCCAUCACCCUGGUAGGAAAUCUAAGCAUGAUUAUCUUAAUCAGGAUCAGCCCUUCUCUCCAUACACCAAUGUACUUUUUUCUUACUGGCUUAUCUUUCUUGGAUAUUUGUUACACCUCAUCUGUCACCCCCAAGUUUCUAUCCAAUCUUUUAAAAGAAAAGAAGUCCAUUUCCUAUGGAGGUUGUCUCGCUCAGCUUUACUUUUAUGCUCUAUUUGCCACCACAGAGAGCUACCUCCUAGCUGUGAUGGCCUAUGAUCGCUACGUGGCAAUCUGCAGUCCUCUACUCUACUUGAUGAUAAUGUCCCAAAGAAAGUGUGUUCAGCUGAUAACAAUUUCCUGCAUUGCUGGAAGCAUUAAUUCUUUCAUUCACACAAUGGCUGCAUCUAGACUGUCCUUCUGUGGUCCAAAUAUCAUUAAGACCUUUUAUUGUGAGGGUCCUCCCCUUUAUGCCCUUUCCUGCUCAGAUACCAGUCUCAAUUAUCUGUUGAUAUUUAUAUUUGUUGGUUUCAAUUUAUUAACAACAAGCCUGACUGUUCUUACCUCCUACACUUACAUCCUAGUCACCGUUUUAAAGCUCCAUUCUGCCGCAAGCCGUAGGAAAGCUUUCUCCACUUGUACCUCUCACCUCAUGGUCAUCACCAUUUUCUAUGGAUGUCUUAGUUUUAUGUACACUCGACCAAGCUCUAGGCAGAAUGAUCACCUAGACCAAAUGGCCUCAGUGUUCUAUGUAGUGGUGACCCCCAUGCUCAACCCAUUUAUCUAUAGCAUGAGGAACCAGGAGGUAAGAGGUGCCUUCAGAAAUAUCCUAGGAAAACAAUUUCAUGUUUAACAGACAUGAUAUUUUAAGAACCAUUUAUCUUUACCAAAAUUCAGGUUUAGACAAGAGCUGCUUUAGUAGAAAAUGUUUCUUAUGAUUGUGCAUCAUUAAAUAUGAAACCACUAUGCUAUAGAAUUUUCUUAGUAACUAUACAUUUACUUUUGAGUUCAAAAAAUGAAAUUUGAUCUUUAAAGAAGAGUUGUCCCAUUUUUUUUAUAGCUGUCAUGCCGUAAUGAUUGCCAUCAAUUAAAAGGCUCUGCUUUAAGCUAUUUACAAACCAAUAGGCAGAGGACAUAUGGGAGGAAAAAGAACAGAAAGAAUACAUUCUACAGAGUUAGAACCAAGCCAGCAAUUUUUUUGAGGGGGGGGGAGUCUGGUGGUUAAUCCAGGCUGAUCUUUUUGGAGUAUAAUUACAAGAACAAUGAGACAUUUACAUUUUAAUUUCCUCGUUUUAGAACCAUAAGAAGACUGUUUAACCAAUAAGGAGUUAUCAAGAAUAAGAGCAAAGGAUGUUUACUGAUUUACAUAUGCAUGUAUUUCAUCCCCAAUGUAAGAUCAGCAAGGCAAAAUUUUAAAAUUUCCAGAGUCCAAUAAACCCAAGGAAGAUAUUCUUUUACCUGCUGCUCUUGUUUUAUUUUUGUGAAUACUAUCCUUAAUAAAUGUAAUUAAUGUUUUUUAAAAGUUGAGACCAAUGAUUUUAUAGUAUAGGAAAAUUCAGUUCUCUCUUCCAAAUUUCUUUUUUUUUUUAAUUGUGGAUAAAAUAGAAUUGUUCAGUCACUGAAAAACUGUUAUCUGGGGCAUUCAAAUCUAUAAAAGUUUCUAAGGCAGUUAAUAUAUUUAGUCCAAAGAACAGUAUAGUAACAAAUGUUAAUAUCUUGGUGAUAGCCUCAGUCUGACUGGAAGAAUGACCAGGUUUUCCUAACAUAUUUAUGAUAGAGAGUGGGAUGAACUGCAAUUUUAAGUGAUUAAGAUUCGGUAUGCUGGCAGAAGAAAGUGUAAUCAUAUGAAGGAUGGCUUAGAAUCCCCAUCUCCUCCAAUAUACUUCCCCAUUCUGCUUUUUAAUUGCCCAUUACUUUUUCCUUGGGUUUUCUUUGUUUUUUUUGUUUGUUUUCAACAAUUAUUCAACUCUUCCAGGAAUCUAAAUGAAAAAUGGAGUUUAUCAUUUAUGUUAAUGGUUUCACCCAGGGGUUGUUGUUGUUGUUGUUAAUUGCGAAGUCGUG